AGAUUUUGUUCAUCUGGUUUAGAAAAAGUCCAUCAAAAUGUCUUAGCAUAAGCAUCUAAAAAAUUAAAAGUAGUGUAGUUCAGUGAGUGUGAGGCACCACCAUGGGUCAAAAUGGUGGUGCAGACUUUGGUGCACUUAUACAAGGAGCGGGAAGACAGUUAAUAAACCAAGGAGGACAAGCUUUACUACAAUAUGGCGCUCAGGCUAUCGGAAACAUCAUUAAUGAAGUCUUCCAGAAGAAGGAAGUGGAGCAAAAGAGAUUUCUGCCAAGCAUUAAAAACUAUAAAGUGCUAGGCGAGACCCGUCCAUCGUCAUUCGGUCCAGCGACAUACCAGGAUUUCAAGGACAUCAGGUCGCGGUGCUUAGCUGAAGGCAGACUGUUCGAUGACCCUGAAUUCCCGGCCGUGGACCGCAGUCUCUACUACAAGGAGAGAUUGGAUAGGCCCAUCACCUGGCUUAGACCUGGGGAAAUUAGCGACAAUCCGCAAUUAUUCGUGGAAGGCUACAGUCGCUUCGAUGUACAGCAAGGAGAGCUGGGCGACUGUUGGCUACUGGCCGCCGUCGCCAAUCUUACACUUCACAGAAAAUUGUUCUUCCAAGUGGUUCCAGACGACCAAAGCUUUGAUGAGGAAUACGCUGGUGUAUUCCAUUUCCGGUUCUGGCAGUACGGCAGAUGGGUGGACGUGGUGAUAGACGAUCGUCUGCCGACCUACCGCGGCAAGUUGGUGUUCCUUCACUCAUCAGAGAACAAUGAAUUCUGGAGUGCUUUACUGGAGAAAGCAUACGCUAAACUUCAUGGGUCUUACGAAGCAUUAAAGGGUGGUUCAACAUGCGAAGCCAUGGAAGAUUUCACGGGUGGUGUAACUGAAAUGUACGAUGUAGCAGAACUACCGCCUAACUUCUACACUAUACUACUGAAGGCAUACGAGAGGAACUCGCUCAUGGGAUGUAGUAUAGAGCCGGAUCCUCACGUUUUGGAGGCAGAAACCCCUGUGGGUUUGAUCCGUGGUCACGCUUACUCCAUCACCCGGGUUAAGUAUGUCGACAUCGAGACUCCCGGACGAUCAGGGAAGAUACCGCUUCUGCGACUCAGGAACCCAUGGGGCAACGAGGCCGAAUGGAACGGACCAUGGAGCGAUAAAUCACCGGAAUGGCGUUUCAUACCGGAAUCGGAGAAGGAAGAGCUAGGUCUCACAUUCGACGAUGACGGUGAAUUCUGGAUGUCCUUCAAAGACUUUACUCAACACUUCGACAGAGUGGAGAUUUGUAACUUGAACCCUGAUUCUCUGGAUCCAGAAGAGUGUCCUGAAGGAUGCACCAAGAAAUGGGAGAUGUCCGUUUUCGAAGGAGAAUGGGUUAGAGGUGUGACGGCGGGCGGAUGUAGGAACUAUUUGGAAACGUUCUGGACGAAUCCGCAGUAUACAGUAACACUCACGGAUGUGGACGAAGGAGACGAUGACAACAAGUGCACAAUCAUCAUAGCGUUGAUGCAGAAGAAUCGUCGUUCCCAACGUCAUCAAGGUCUGGAAUGUCUUACUAUUGGUUUCGCGGUGUACCGCUUGCCCGAUUACGGACGAGUGCCGAAACCUCUAGAUGUUAACUUCUUCAAAUACAACGCGUCCGUUGGGAGAUCGCAGGCGUUCAUCAAUCUGAGAGAAGUCAGCGCCAGGUUCAAAUUCGAGCCUGGCAGUUACGUGAUAGUGCCUUCUACGUUCGAGCCGAAUGAAGAGGGAGAGUUCUUACUACGUGUGUUCUCUGAGAAAUGCAAUAAUAUGGCGGAAAAUGAUGAAGAUAUCGGCAUGGGAGACGUCGAUGACAGAGUGAAAGAAAUAACUCCAAACCCGGAACCGGCUGAUCCGGUGCGUGAUUUCUUCAACCGUCUGGCCGGCGACGACGGACAAGUGGACUGGCAGGAACUGAAGGAGAUACUCGACUACGCCAUGAGGGAGGAGCUGGCCAUGCGGAAGGGCGGCGCUUACGACGGCGGCGGGGGAGGGGGAUGGGCGGCGAGGGGGGGAGGAGGAGCGGCCACUUCCCCCCCUCAGGAGCAGAGCUGCAUCGAACAAUUACUGUGCGCUCUCUGCUCGCCCAUCUGCAAGGAGCUCGGCGUUGACUUGCAGCAAAUGCAGCAACAACAGGGUAGUGAACAGGUGCACCUCACUCAACCACAGCCGCAACCAGAAUUGAAAGGACAGGGCUUUUCGAAGGACGUAUGCAGAAGUAUGAUCGCUAUGUUGGACAAAGAUGGCUCCGGCGGACUCGGCUUUGAGGAGUUUAAGACCCUGUGGAUUGAUUUACGUAACUGGAGGGCCGUGUUCCGUCUGUACGACACGGAGGGUCGCGGCGGUAUACCCGCUCACCACCUGAGGGACGCGUUACACUCCGCCGGGUACACGGUCAACGCGCACGUGCUCAACGUACUAGCUCACAGAUACGGCUCCUCUGACGGCUACAUACAGUUCGACGAUUUCAUAAUGUGCGCAGUGCGACUCAAGACCAUGAUCGCAAACAACGAACCUCUCGAGAAUCUCGAGCGCGAGCUGCAAGGGGUACCGUGAGCAGAGGACGCGUGAACACAAAUACUUUCAAACAAAGAUCGUCGGGAGGCGAGUACGCUACGUUCUCGCUGGAAGAAUGGCUGAAUCGCACAGUGUAUUCAUAGAUUAACGAUUUGCCUAUAAAACGCCUUAUUGUUAAGGCCUAAGGGCCAAUGUCAACCUACCUUUACAACUUACUUAAGUCUCAAUGUAUGUGAUUUGAUCUAUUUCCAUAUUUAUAUCUAAAAUAUUAUACACACACUAUUUAGACUAUUAUAACAUUUCAAAAUUCCUAUAAUCUACUUUCAUUUGACAGAUAUCAACUGUGUACAUUGAGACAUAAUCUUUUUUAAGUGUUUCUUAUUGAUUCUAAGUCACAAAUUAAUGUUAAUUAAUAUUAAACUUUAAUACUUUUUCAUUGUAUUCAAUACGGGUAUGAAGAUUCAUUUAUACUAACUUUUAUGUCGAAAUUAAUCCGCCGUAUUUGGUAUAUAACUAUCGUCUUUCAAUGUACAAAUUGUAAACAUUUAAAUUUAAGUGAAGCAGUAUUUCUUUAUCCACCGAAUACUCAUUCCAUAUCAAAAUGGUUUUUUUUUUCUUUUACUUAGGUUGUUUUUAGACAAGUUGUAAACAUCUUUAUUUACUGUGCGAUGUUACUGCCUGUUUCUGUAUAUAAACCCCAAGUUAAAAAUAUAUUUCUAUAUAAUAUCUUAUAUACAUUUUGGUGUAAUUCAAUCUGUUGCAAUGACAAUGCAUUUUUUGAGAUUUUGUAUUCUUUUUUUUGUAAUAUUUAUGACAUAUUUUAUAAUAUAAUUCCGAAAUAUGAGAUCUGAAUAAAUGUUUUAUUUAUU